CAUACAUUACUUUCAAGCCCUUUCGCCAAGGCUUAUGUUGAGGAUGAGUCGUUCACAACAUUUACAUCACUGAAGUACAAGGAGUGCGCUGGAGUGACCAAACAUGUCGCACUACUACGAGUCCUACAGGGUGGAGAACGUGAAAGGACCCGGGGAUGGCCGGCCUACAGCGAUGCAAAUCGUCGAAGACAGCAAAGCCUAUGGUCCUCACACCGAGAAAGUCAUGCUGCUCACCGGCAGUUCAUCUGGUAUCGGCAUCGAGACAGCUCGCGCUCUUGCUGCAACAGGUACCACCCUCUUCCUCGGUGUUCGCGACCUUGACAAAGCCAAGCGAGUACACACCGACAUCAUCUCGGACAGGGUCCACCUUCUCAAAAUUGACGUUUCGCGACUAUCCAGCGUUCGCUCCGCAGCCUUGGAGCUGCUACGGAUCUCUAAUGGCCGACUUAACGUUUUGAUCAACAAUGCUGGCAUCCUAGCUUCGCCAGAAUUCCACAUCGAAGGACUAGAAUCUCAUAUGGCAGUCCAUUACUGGGGCCCGUUCCUCCUGUUCCACCUCCUCAAGGAUGCCCUGAUCUCGAGUGGCACACCAGAUUACCCAUCGCGUGUGUUAAUCGUCUCCAGCAAAGCACACCAGGUUGAGCAAAUCGACUUUGAUGACCUGCACGUCAAAGUCAAGAAAAGCCCGUUCGACGGGUAUCCUCGUAGCAAACUUGCGCAGAUCUACAUGGCGUCCGAGAUCGAUCGACGCUAUGGUUCCUUAGGUAUGCACGCCUAUAGCCUAGAUCCGGGCGUCGUGUCGCCGAGCGAGGGAAGUGGGAUUACGCGUCAUGUUGAGGAACUGUUAAAGGAGAAAUGGGAGGACCCCGUACUUAAGAAACAGAUGAUGAGUGCAGCGCAGGGAGCCGCAACGACGGUUUGGGCGGCUGUGAGCAAGGAAGUAAUGAACGAAGGGGUGAGAGGCAAGUAUCUGGAAACUUGCUCUUUGGCGAAACCAGCUGAGGGUAAGGCGCCUGGCAUGGAGUCUGGGUAUGGGAGUUGGGCUUACGAUACGGGUAAUGCCGGGAGGCUAUGGAAUGAGAGUUUCGAGAUUGUUGGUUUGUUGGGAUAGCAGGAUGCUAGCUGUUAGUUUCUUUGACGAGCAACAGAGUCUGGGGAAUUCCCACGAGAGUUCAUUCGUCGGUUCGGAUUUAAGGCGACUAGUCUUCACACUACUUGACACUAUUCGC